UUUUGCUGAACUUUUUGCUUUAACUGUGUUGUCUUGGUGAGGAAAGGAUAUUCGUGUGUUUUAACCAUGGGGACUCCGAAAGUGCCGAACCGCAGAGCAUCCAAAAGAGUCCUGAAACCAGUGAUUGAGAAGAAGAGGAGAGAUCGGAUUAAUCAGAGAUUAGAUGAACUCAGGACUCUCCUGCUGGACAACACGCUGGACUCGAGACUACAAAACCCGAAACUGGAGAAAGCUGAGAUUUUGGAGCUGACUGUGGAGUACAUCAGGAAAAAGGCUGAGACAAAAUCGACAGAGAAUGCUGCAGGUUGUAACAGAGACCCGGGUGAGCAUGUUGCUGCUGUGCAGACUGCCGGGAGGCUGUGUGUGCCCAUCACAGGGCUCCAGGACGGCCCCAACGUGCACGCUCACACCCCCAGCGGCCCGCUCUACACGGCCGGAUUCCAGGACUGCAUCUCUCGUUUGAACAGUUUCAUCGAGUGUGUGGAUCUUUCACAGCGGGAGAACUUCAUCCAGGGCCUUCGCCAUCACCUGCAGUCGCAUGCCAGCACCCUUUCACAGGUCAGAGGUCAUGGGCAGACUCACACCUGGGUCACGGGUGACGCCCGGGCCAGCGCAGAGCCCUUCUCGUUUGCUAACGGGCUGUAUCCCAAUUCGUUCGUCCUGCAUCACCAGUAUCCAUCUCCACCGUACUCGCUGUCUCCUCCUCCAUCGCCCUGUUACUCCUCCUCCUCCCCAACGUACCUCUCCGUCCCCUGCCACUUUCACUUCCCUCCAUCCAUCUCUCCUCUAUCUGACUCCUCUUCCUCUUCGUCCUCAUCGUCUUUCACGACGUCAACUCCAGGAGUCUCGGCGAGCUUAGCACCAGCGAGCCACGCCCCUCCGCCACCUCCGUCCCCUCACUGCGUCUCGGCCCAGCGGACUCUGAGGCGAGAGCUCUUCCCAAGUCACACACGCACCAUCUGGAGGCCGUGGUGA